UCCAUCUCUCCAUCUCUCCAUCUCCAGACCACAGAUCUACUACUACUUUCACCCACUUCCUGCAACUUCACAACAAGAGACAUCUUCCCGCAGACGCCUCUACGCCCUUCCAUACAACCCCAUUUUAUUAUCUUCUGCAAAUAAUCCGCCAUCAUGAAUCCAGAAUACGAUUACCUCUUCAAGCUCCUCCUUAUCGGAGACUCUGGUGUUGGAAAGUCCUGUUUACUCCUACGAUUCGCAGACGACACAUACACUGAGUCCUACAUCUCCACCAUCGGUGUUGACUUCAAAAUCAGGACGAUUGAGUUAGAUGGCAAGACCGUGAAGCUACAAAUUUGGGAUACCGCAGGCCAAGAGCGCUUCAGGACCAUCACAUCUUCCUAUUACCGUGGCGCACACGGCAUCUGCGUCGUCUACGAUGUCACCGAUAUGGACUCCUUCAACAACGUGAAGCAGUGGCUGCAGGAGAUUGACAGAUACGCCACAGAGGGUGUCAACAAGCUCCUCGUGGGCAACAAGAGCGAUAUGUCGGACAAGAAGGUCGUCGAGUACACAGUUGCCAAGGAAUUCGCCGAUUCACUGGGCAUCCCCUUCCUCGAGACCUCCGCCAAGAACGCCAGCAACGUCGAGCAAGCCUUCCUCACAAUGGCCCGCCAGAUCAAGGAGCGCAUGGGCACGACGACCGCGAACAACAAGCCCACCGUGCAAGUCACCGGCGGGCAAGGAGUACAGUCAGGGUCCGCUGGCGGCUGCUGUUAAAUACUUCUUCUCGACACGUUACAUUCAUUCAUCGGCCCCGCAGAACUGUUUACACCAUGGAAUUUCCAGUUUUUUCGUUGUCUCGCAUUAGAAUCGCGUUCGUGUCCGACCCCGCAUCGACGCAACCCCACCUUAAUAAUGGAUGACGAGACGGGAGGAGAGGGCCAGGUUGAUUUCGCCCAUGAAUGUGGCUUCCGCAGUUAGUCCCACGGCGAUGCUUGACUUUUCUUUCUCUCCCGAGGAGCUUUGUUUUCAAGGAUGGUAGAGGAGAGCUGGAUUGUGCAAUAGGCGUGGAUAGGGGAUCUUUUUUAUUUUUGAUGUGGUACAUGCCCCCCCCCCUUUUUUUGUUCCCUGGCAAAGCUGCGUUGUUGUUUUGUUAGGUUGCGCCUGGUUUUGUUUUGUUUUGUUUUGUUU